ACAAGCGUCUUUGGAAGGACAUUGUAUUUCUUCCUGAUUUUUAGUUAACUGUUUGUGCUGUGAUGAAACUUUUCUGAAGUUUUCAUCACCACCAAGUGAUAAACACCAUCAGUGUUAAUAAUCGUUGCUAAGAAUCCUAGUCUUUAAUAUUCCUUUGUUCGUACAUUCAGAAAAGUUCUAUCCUGAUACGUUGGUGGUGAAGGAGCGAGUGGAGUUCUCGCUUGGUGACAGUUGGUUAAUUUUGAAACUUAAAGAAAAAUGUCUAGUUCCGGGACUUCUAAUGGGAUCAACGUUAACUACAGUCCUGUAGGUGCGCGUGAUGGAACACGUGUUGUACUCAAAGAAAUAACAGCAACAUUGCAAAAUUCACCGCCAAUUCAUGGUGGUGUUCGUAAGGCAGCAAGUACUACUCAACCAGGAAAAGCAGAACACGAAGUAAAGGUACAGUUCACACGUGAAUUCGUGGAUGUGGGGUCUUCGGAUUCCAGGCCAGAGAGCCUGUCAUCAGGAAGCAGUUUCCAAAGUAUAGCGAGUACGUUCAGUACUAAGAGUGGGACCAACUCAGUUUCCAUCGCUGCUCAAAACGUUGCAGAUACUUCUUACACCGAUUCAAAUAUUCCUGGAUUAGACGACUUGAUAGCAGCCUGUGAGAAUAUACGAGUGAAUGAUAAAACUGUUCGCGAAGAAACAGAGCGAUUUCAAAAUAUUAGCGACAGUACUUUGACGCUCACCACCAACGACCAUUCGUUCGAUAUUUCGAAUAUUGAUCAGAAUAUAAGUCAAGAAGAAGCAUACAGAUCGAUAAUCAACGAGUCAACGAAUUUAAAUGGAACUAAUGAUGUAUCGUCUAAUUAUGAAGAGGCUGGCGAAAAUAGUAUUCAUUUGAAUAUUACAAGAGAAUCAGUUCUUGGCAAUGAAGUUAUUGAUCCCAAUUCCGAACCAGUUAAAAAUUCUCCGCUUGGGGAAAUAAGCACAAAAUUGAUAACAAGUCAUAGCAUAGAAUCAUCAAACAUUCCACAGCUCCUUGUGAAUAAUUCUCAGCUAGGUGAUACUAGUUAUUCAUCAUUGAAGUCUGAUCUCGUAGAUAGCAUCAGUUUGAAUAAAACUUCGGAUUUGGGACCAGCCCCAGAGCAACCAAAUGAUAAUUCGGUCGAUGCACAGGCCUGUAUACUCAGAUCAGAUUUGCUUGAAAAUAAUCAGCUGGUGAAUGAAACUAUCUUGCUGACUGCAAACUGUAAUUCCACUAUUAACGAUAUCAAAUCAGAGGAACCAGAAGCAUUGAAUGUAACUCGUGAUAUUUCUCAUGAUAACAGUUCAUCAAUUGAAACAGCUAUUGAUGCAAAUCCAUCAAACGAAUUAUUGGUCUGUGAAUCAAAUGCACAUAUAUCGGCCUUGAUCGAUCUCCCAAAUUUACCAUCAGAAUCAAGUACAUGUGCACAUGAGAACGAGACUUCUUUGAGUGUACGAGAUUUUUCUACACUACAAAACGGCCAUGAAACUGAAUCAUUCACUCAUGAAAAUCUAACUAUAAAUGAACCGAAUUCACUAACAAUAAGUCCGACGCCAAAGGAACAAGAAAUCGUAAAUGAAUCUGGCAAUGACACGGCUGUGCAAAAUUUGCAAAUAGUGUCCGAAAUAUGUACACCCGAUUCUUCCACGGAUAAUUUAUUAGAGGUGAUACACGACAAUAAAAUUCAAACGGAAUCCGCACUUUCGUCCAUUUGUGUUCAGGAAUCAUCUCAGAAUAUAAGUGAGGAAUUACCUCAGGAAAGUAUACCUUCCGAAGAAUAUAAAAAAUCACCGGAAAAUCACAAUGUUUCAACUACAGUAAGACUACUGGAAGAUAUUAAAGAAUCCAAAGAAAAUUGUGUCAAGCAAGAUAUCUCAACAUUACUUAAGCCUGAAGAGCUGCAACAAGUUCCACAAAUUCAAGCGGCUGAAAUCUUAGAUUCAAGACUACUGCAUUUAGUAUCUAAAAAUUCAGACAACUUACCUCGUGAAAACUUUACUGAGCAACCACCACAAAGUUUGAAAAGCCUUGAUAAUUCUUUAGCUGUUUUACCAUUAUCAGAAAAGAUUGUGCCAUCCUUACCACAGGAUUCAUUACAUUCUUUGGAAAAAUUGGAAAAAUCUGAAUCUGUAAAAUUACCUCAGAUUACAGGCAACGUUACACCAUUUCCAGGAGUUGAUUCCGACAGUAAUCAGACAUCAACAUUAACCUCGGAAGACCCUAAUCAAAAUAGCAGUAAUUUCUCUCAAGAAAGUGUAGACCAAACAAUCACCAUCAAAGAAGAAUCAUUUCACAGUACUGGCUCUGACGGUGCAAGUGAAAAUUAUAAUGCCUUCCAACCCUGCAAACAAAGCACCAGUCUAAACAGUAUCUGCAACUUCAACAAACUAGAAGAAGCUGCUCAAGUAAUCGCUGAAGAAAUUAAGAAUAAGUCAUUCGAGUUGAAUGAGGAAUCAGAUCAAUUUUUCUCUGCAGAACCAGACUUAUUCUUAGAUGGUGCUUCGUUUGAUUACUUGUUGACAAGAACCAGCGGUAAGAAUCCAGUCCGUGACUUGAGAGCAGAAUCCCUUUAUGUGAAAUUUGACCCAUUGGUAAAUAACGCCAGCAUGCUACCACAAGGUCCAACACCAGUAGUAGAUGGCGAGGAAAAUGCUAAAAACAGUAUUCCGCAGCCAACACUUGACACCCCUAAACGAAAUCCUGCUCUAGCAGCCAUUGACAGACUAUUGUUCUACAGCCCAGCAACUGGAACACCCAUCAAAGUCGAAGAGCCACCAAAAAUUGAGGAGAAAAUUGCAGAAGACAUAAUAAUACCUGAGGCUGUACCAAUUGUUGAUGAAACCAUGGCUAAAGAGCUAGAGUUGGUCAGGUCGACAGUUUUGCAACUUGAAAAGGAAAAGGAGGAACAAGAAGAGGAGCUGAAAAAACAGAGAACAAAAUUUGAGGAGAUUCAAUUGGAACUUGCGCAAGAAGUGCAGAAGAAAAUUGAUAUGACGAUGGUAAUGGAUGAGUACGAAAAAUCAUUGAGUCGUCAGCUUGCUGAUCGUGAGAGAGAAAGAGCACUCUUUGAACAGGAAAGAGCAAAACUGCAAGAAGAGUUACAGGCAGCUAAUCAUCAUUUGGGUAAUACAGAAGCAGCCUUUAACGACGUUCACUCGAAGUACGAACGACUGAAAAUCAUCGUUUCUGGCUUCAAAAAUAAUGAAGAUAUACUCAAAGAAACAGCCCAAGAAAAUCUUGAGACUAUCAAAACACUGGAGGCUCGAUACGAGCACCUCAAAAAUCAUGCGAAAUCUCAGCUUGAAAAAGCAAAUGCGGAAUUGGAAGCUAUGAGAAAGCAGCAUGAAACAGAAACUGUUAGAUUACAGGCAAUGAUCAGGAAAGCUGAAUUGAAAAGCAAUUCUUUAGCUGAAAUGGUUGAACAGAAAUCCAAGGAGAAUAAAGAACUUACAGAAAUACUUGAUGAAGUAAUCGCCAGGGUUGGCAGACAACCUGAGUGAACUUCGACAUCAGUCAUUAUUUUUUUACUCUCUACACGAUUAUAGGUACAAUAACAUAAUAUAUUAUCGUACUGAUUAUUGAUGAUUUUUCGUUGUGUUUUUAUGAAUAGUAGUUUUUAUUGAAUUUUAUUUAUAGAUUGUAAAAUAUAUUUCGAUGCUAAUAAAGUAGGCUUACAGUUAAUUCAAAAA